AUGUGGCGCCGCGUGCUGGCCGAGUACGCGCAGGGCACCACACUGCACGGCUUCCGCUACCUGGCGCCCGGGCUGUGCGGGCGCGCCGCCAGACUAUGCUGGUUUAUCGCCAUCGCCAUAUCGAUAGUUUUCGCGGCGACCGCCAUCUCCGACACGUGGAGGAAGUACCGCGACAGCCCGACGACUACCUCGGUGGUCAGCACCAACUUUCCGCUCUACCAGAUUCCCUUCCCAGGGGUUACCAUCUGCCCAGCCAUCAAAGUGCGCAGGACCGUCGGAGAGAAGCUGCUAAUGAGGUACCUGAACUUGUCAGAAGCAGACGAUGUGACGCGCCAGAAGCUGUACCACGUGAUGGCGGCGCUGGCGCUGGUGGAGUUCCCCUACUACUACAUGGUGCCUCUCUCCUUGGAGAAGGCCGGCGACCUCGUGGACAAGCUCAAUGACAUAAACAUCACGCGCUUCAUGAUGCAGACGCUGCCGAGAAUCGACGACGUAUUCUACGAGUGCUUCUGGCAGGGCCACAUCAACAACUGCUCCAACAUGUUCUUCCUGCAGCGCACCGAAGCUGGCUUCUGCUACGGUUUCAACUCACUCGCCGCAGAGAACACGAGGCAAUGCCCGGCAAUGUCUACGUACAAGGUGCCCACCGGGGCGACCGUGAACCGCGAUCCGUGCCAGAUGCGACGCAACAUCGCUUCAGGCCCCACGACGGGUCUCGAAGUCUUCCUCAAGUCGCUGCCCGAAGAAGAAUCUCUGGGCGAUGGCCAGAGGGACCGGAAUGGGUACAGGGUGUUCCUGCAGCCGGUGACGGAGGUUCCGCAGGCGGGCACGGGCCUGCUGCUGCCGCCCAGCGACGACCACGUCAUGCGCGUCCGGCUGUCCGUCUCGUUCACAGAGAGCAGCCUGCAGGUGGCCUCGCUGGACGUGCCGCAGCGCAGCUGCCUCUUCCCGGACGAGCAGCGGCUGGAGCUCACCAACUCCUACUCGCAGACCUCCUGCCUCACCGACUGCCGGCUCUCCUACAUCAUCUCCAAGUGCAACUGCUCGCCCUACUUCUUCAACCACAUUGAGAAAUACCGCGUCUGUAAGCUGACCGAACUGAAAUGUAUUGCUUACAUUGACUGGGACCUGCGCUUCGUGAAGCCGCAGGGGGUGGCCGGCGACGACAGCUCCAAGUUCCUGGACGGCGUGCUGGACUGCUCGCACUGCCUGCCCACGUGCCGCAGCUACUCGUACGUGCAGGAGGUGCGCUACGAGAGCAUUACGGCACGCACGCCCUUCCACGGCUACAUCGACGUCCACUACGCAGAUGUCAGCGCCGUCAAGUACGGCGUCGAUCUCGCCUUCGACUCCAUGACUCUCAUAGUGUGGUUCGGCGGCAUCCUGAGCCUCUUCCUGGGCGUGAGCGUGCUGUCGUGCGUCGAGCUGCUCUACUAUGCGGCUCGCCUAGCGGACGCCCUGCUGCGCGUACCGCCAUUCACACAGGCGUACGGCGUCGGAGGCGGGGGCGAUGGAGGCGGAGGCAGAGGCGGCAGGGGCGAAAUAAGCGUCUCCAAGCGCCGCCGACUGCCUCCGCAGCGAGUGCUCGUCCAGCCGACAGAGGCUGGCCUGUCCAAGUGGCGCUCUAGCGGCCUGCUGGAACGCCAGGUAGCUGCCAAGCAGGCGCGACUCUUCUACUAG